AUGGGAAUGACGAAACGACAAGCAUUUAUACUGAUGGCGAUCAUCAGCCGACUAUCGGGUACAUCAGGUUUUGCUCGAACUUUGGAUCCUUCCGUCCCUGGGAUACUCUCUUCCACGCUAAGAGAAUCAACUGCUCUUGUAAGACAUAAUGAGAUGUUGCGAAGUGACAUAGAGUCGGCGUGGAGUGGGUUGCAGAAUGCAGCACAAGACAAGCAUAUUUGUCAGGAUGUUCCGCAAUCUAUCAAAGAGUCGAAGAACGUUUGCACCAAGGAGGGAAACUACUUUGAAGAAUAUCGGCAAGGGCCACAGGUAGCUCAAAUACUGGCAUCUUCGACGUCCAGCAUCGGGGGGCUUUCUCGUGAAAUUCUUCAGAACUCUGUGCUAUCAUUUAUCACUUGCUUGUGUUUACCCAAACUGAGACUGUCUCCUGUUUUGAUGACUUUUGUGAUCACCUUGUUGAAGCGACAACUGUUCAUGGCGAGAACCCAUAGCUGGUACGAAUAA